GGUCUGAAUAAACCAGUGGAAGCGACAGUAUCGACAGUUGACGUUUCGGAGCUUCGUGACGGUGAUGAUGUUGUUGGUGAACGUAACGGUUCUGUGUUUGAAGAAUUCGCUGCCGGAAUUCCACCAAGGGUCUGA